AUGGAGAAGAUAAUGAACAAAUACUGGUGGAACUCAAGCACAGGUCAGAAUAAGGGGAUUAAUUGGCUUUCCUGGGGUGAUAUGAGCAUGUCUAAACAUGAAGGUGGCCUUGGCUUCCGCAGUUUGUAUGGUUUUAAUAUUGCUUUGAUUGGCAAGCACUGCUGGAAAUUCUUGAAGCAACCUCAAUCUCUAGUUGCCCGUGUUUUCAAAGCUCGUUAUUAUCCGAACUGUAACUUUAUGCAGGCCAAAAUGCAGCAAGGGGAGAGCUAUAUUUGGUCUGGGAUAAUGUCUGCUAAGGAAUCUCUUUACAAGGGGUAUAGAUGGGUUUUAGGUAAUGGUAUGAGCAUCAACGCAAUUAAAGAUCCGUGGUUGAAGAAUAAGGAUGGUUUCUGUGUAAGUCAAAAUGAAGACUACGGUGUUGGUCAUGUCUCUGUAGCUGAGUUCAUCACGCCUAUGUCUAACAAAUGA